AUGGCUGGUGCUGCGCAGCGCAAGAGGCAGAGCGUCGGGGAAGCUGUCGCAGCGGGCCCUAUCUUAGACGCACACGUGCAUGACAUUCUGCGAGAAUUGGCGAUUGAGCAAUUGAUCCCGCAGCGCAGCAAAGCGGCCGUCGCAGUGCCAGCAGCGGCGCACACUAGCACCUUCAACUGUCCGAGUCAAGAUCCUCUUUCUCAAGUCGCACCAAAAGCCAUCCAUCGCUUGGGCCCUGUCCUCUCCUGGCCCGUCUCUCCAAAAACUACGUCACCGUAUGCCGACCUGACAGCGCCUCAUACCUUAAAUCACCCGCCUAAUGGCAUGGUCAAAGCAUUGGCAGCUGCCAGGCCCUUCCAAAUACAGAAGUUGUCUUUGCGAUGCGGCGGGCGUGAUCUGACGACUCCAAACAAGACGGCCCAGGAUGUGAGCCCAUCUCAUAUGGCGGGAUGGAUCCGCGCAAUCAAUGGCCCGGGGCACCGAUAA